CACACAUUCAGCCACCAGAAGCAGUUCUCCCAGCAACUGCUGCUGCUGGACGUGAAGCAAGGAGAGGGGUAGAAUCAUCGCUGUACAGCAGGAUUUGUUGUUACCAGUUGAUAAAAUUGACUUGAAAUUAUGUCUACACCUGAGUUCAUUUCCAGAAGAUCUCCCAUUGUCUGCACUGGUGGAUGUGUAGCAUCAAGUCAGCCACUUGCCACAUACGUCGGCCUAGAUAUACUGAAGAAAGGUGGGAAUGCCGCUGAUGCGGCAGUAGCUGUAGCUGCUGCCCUUACUGUCACUGAACCCACCAACACGGGACUCGGCGGUGAUUGCUUCUGUUUGUAUUACGAAGCAGACACCAGAAAGGUCUAUGGACUUAAUGGAAGUGGAAGGUGUCCAAGGGCAUUGAACCUGGAAGUUCUGAAUCAGCAAGGUUAUAAUGAGGACAACCCUCUGCCUCCCACUCAUGCUCACAAUGUCACUGUGCCGGGGGCUGCAGCUGCCUGGGCUGACACGGUUUCUCUCUUUGGAAGUAAAAAGCUGAGUCUGGAGGAGAUUUUACAUCCGGCUACUGAAUUAGCAGAAGUCGGCUUCCCAGUGUCUGAGCUGAGUGCUUUCCAAUGGAAUAAAGGUUCCUACAAGCUCCAGGCUGUCAAUAAUAAGUAUGGGGCAGACCUGCUGAUCAAUGGGCAGGCUCCAAAACAUGGGCAACUCUUCAGAAAUCCCUCCUUGGCAAACACAUUCAAGGUAUUGUCUAAAGGGGGUAAAAAGGAAUUCUAUGAGGGGAAAAUUGCGCAAGCCAUUGUCCAAGUUGUACAGAGCAAUGGUGGGGUUUUGGAACUCGAGGACUUGUCAAGCCACGAGACAGAAGAAGUGCAACCAGUUUGUACAACAUACAAGGGAAUAAAGGUAUGGGAAAUACCACCUAACAGUCAAGGAAUCACUGCUCUAAUGGCUUUGAAUAUGUUGGAAAACUUCUGCGUCAAAGAGAUGGGACAUAAUACUGCUGAUUAUCUUCAUGUCAUAACCGAAGUUCUAAAACGAAGUGUUUCAGAUUGUCACUGGUACUGUGCCGAUCCUGCAUUUUAUCCAGUACCCACAAAAGACCUCAUUAGUAAGGUGUACGCUACAAAACAAUCAAGACGCAUUGAUUUGCAAAAAGCAUCAGAAGGCGAUGAACAUGGAAGCCCUUUUGAAAUGGGGAGUGACACGGUUUACUUUACUGUGGUGGAUUCACACGGCAAUGCCUGUUCAUUUAUCAAUAGCAUCUACAUGGAGUUUGGUACAGGCCUUGUGCCAAAAGGCUGUGGGUUUGCAUUGCAGAACCGUGGUAACAAUUUUUCCCUGUCUCCUGCUCAUCCCAAUUGUCUGUCACCCGGAAAACGCCCUUUUCACACAAUCAUCCCAGCUCUGGCCACCGCUGGACAUAAUGAUGACCUGUUAUGUACCUUUGGUGUGAUGGGUGGCUUCAUGCAACCACAAGGUCAUGUGCAGGUUCUUUUAAACAUGUCAGAAUUUGGAAUGAAUCCCCAGCAGGCUGUCGACGCCCCUAGAAUUUUAGUGGUGUAUAAUAAAGAAGACAAGAAAUGGCACCUGUAUCUUGAGGAUGGUAUUGCAAGGGAUGUCCAGGAGGAUCUAAUGGCAAGAGGCCACGUGGUACACUGGCCGAUAAGUGGCUAUGACAGACACAUGUUUGGACGUGGGCAGAUUAUAACCAAAGGGGAGUGGUGGAAAGCUCAGCAAAUUCCUAUUAGCGGCAGUAAGGUGUGGUGGGCUGGAUCUGAUCCCAGAGCAGACGGCUGUGCAAUGGGAUAUUGUGUGGAAUAGUUGCUGACAAAACUGUUUAUAUUAUGGCUCAACUUUCUGGUUUGCUAAACAAAUAUUGGUAAUAAAAAAAAACCACAAUUUAUUUCCCAUAAAACCAAAAAGAGAUUUUAAUAGCAAAUGUCGCUCCCCCUAAGAAACCUCAUACUAAGCCCCCCAUGCAUGUGACCUUUGCAAUUCAGUAGAUACUCUCAUCUGAUGCCUUUCUAAUGGUUCAUUUGUUUGUCUCUGAUAAGACAUUUUUGAAAUUCAGUGUUUUUGGUCCUCAUGCACUCAAGACACGUGACAAAUUAAUACUUACAUUUUCCAAGAUUCUAUUGCAACUGGCAGCACUUGAGUCAACAGUAGAUAGGCCAUCACAGUCAAGUGGGGAACUUCUGAAUGGCAGAAGCACUGGAGCUUGAGCUAUAGGGUUUGGUUGCAUGCACUGCAUAUCUAUAACAGGUGCAAGGUGUGUGGUGCACAUAGGUCCCUAAUUCUGGAGUUUAAAUACUUACCUCUCUGAAGUCCCACGUCAGUGCUGUAGCAGCAGAACAAAUCUUCGGGAAAAUGGCAUACUGGCAACCUGACUUGAGACCCCUCUUGGACACUCCAAUAAGCCCAGGCCUGGGUUAACAGAACCCGGUCCCCAUUUCUUCUCAGAGGCCAAAGCUCUACCCCCAGCAACCAGGGCCAGAUUAACAAUGGGGCGGAUGGAGCUCCAGCUCCAGGCCCCAGAUAAAAAUAGGCCCAUCACCACAACAGCAUGAUGAUGAUUAACUGCCCAGCUGGUCACAUGGUUGCCAUAAAUUAUAAGAAUUUAAAUAUUUUUUUUAAUUUCUUCACAAAGUGAUGCUGUUUUUUGACUUUUACGUAUUUUGGAAGAUAUUGGGGCUUAUAGUGUAGGGGGUGUACACAUCCAUAUGCACUGGCCACACCCACACAACAUUAGCCACACCUUCUCAACUUCUAACAAUAGGCCCUUGAUCUUUUUUAGCCCCAGGCCCAUGUGGACCUUAAUCUGGCACUGCCAGCAAUGCCUUCAGUGCCAAGGAAUUGUCAUGUAGUAGGGUGAGAGUUCCUUACAUUUGCUGAAUUAAACACUGAUCAUUGGCUAAAAUAAUUUUCUUGCUUAACUAAUUAAAAUAUAAAUGCAAGUCAGAGUUUAGUUUAAACGCCUCACAACAAUGAGGUCAUAGGUUUGAUUCCCAGCAUGGCCCUAAUUGUGUAGAGUUUUUAUAUUCUCCCCGUGCUUGCGUGGGUUUCCUUUGGGUACUGGUAGGUUAAUUGGCUCCCAACAAAGUAUUAACCCUAGUGUGUAAAGGGCCCCAUACACUAGAGCGAUAAUGCCCGAUUUCGGCCGAUUUUUGGGCAUUCGGCCCGAUAUAUUGGAUGAACUCGGGCAUUUUUUAGGUGUUUCCGAUCCGAUCCGAUCUGAUGCGCGUUCCCGUGAGCAUUGGAUCGGAUCCUCCAGAUUGAAUGUGCUGUACAUUCAAUCAGGUCUGACCUGGGACUAUGGCUGGGAUCGCCCAGGAUCACCCAAGAUACAUCAGAUGCAAAAGGACAGCAUACUGUACGAUGCAUCUUGGCCGAUCCUGCCCCCCGGGAGACUGCCGGGGUGAUUGCCUGCGAUUGCCUCCGACAUGUGGUCGCUCUAGUGUAUGCGGCCCUUAAGUGUAUGCAUGCACAUGUGUUAAGGGCAUAUAAGAUAUAAAGGUGGAUAAUUCCGGCACCAAACUUGUCCCAACUUCUGCAGCCUUGUUGUUGCUACCAGUAUUUUCUUUCAGGUGAUGAGCUCAGAUGCUCUCAAUUUGGAUUCACAUGAAAAGAAAUCACACUUAACAAUUUGUCAGUCCAGGGCCACAACUAGGGAAAGGGGGUGGGGGCUAAGGGGGCAUGUGCCCCGGGUGCAGGCUUUGAGGGGGCGCAGAGGAGUUACAGAGGAACAGGGAUUUAUUUUAAACCGGUUCUGUGCUGGUCCAGUGAGACAGCAGAAGACUCCCAGGGCAGUGACUCUGACCCACCUGUCUGCCCGCAGCUGGCUCCGACGCUGUGCAGGUGAGCACCAGUACCUGGUAUCUCUCCUAUGCCGGCUACUGUCUUAAACUUUCUUAUUUGCCAUGCAGUGCUGCGACUAGCAUGUGGUGCACUGUGCAAGCUAUAGAAGCGAGCUGUUGGUGCUGUGUUUUUAAGCAGGCUAUAAUCCCGGCUGCCUGCCCAGCACCAAUCGAUAACAAGCUGCCGGCUGCACACCAUUGAGUAGACACACUGCCCCAGGCUUUUGCUUGAUAACAGGCGCAGUCACCCGUGUUAUAGAAAUCAAAGGCUCACUUUGCUAGAUAUCUACUUGACAGUGGAAACUAAGAGCCUGGACAACCUCCAAAUCUCACCGAGUAUCACUACAGCAGCUUUGUGAUAAGUUUAAAGACAGACUUUAUUAUCAGCACUGUGCUCCUAGUUAGCAGUAUCAACCUCCACUUUGACUCCCAAAUGAGGGUAUUUGGUGUAGCUUAUAGGGGGAUGUAGUGAAGUGAUGUAGUGUCCCAUAUAUAGUAUGUAGUGUAGUAAUGUAUGCAGUAUAUAGGGGCAUGUAGUAUACUGAUGUGGUGUAACAUAUAAGGGGAUGUAGUGUAGUGAUGUAGUAUAGCAUAUAGGGUAGGUAGUGCAGUGUAUAGGGGCAUGUACCGUGGUGAUGUAGUGCAGCGUGUUGGGGAUGCAGUAUAAGGAUGUAAUGCAGUGGAUAGGGGAAUGUAGUGCAUUGAUAAAGUGUUAUGAUAUAGAGCAGUGUUAUAGUGCAAUAUAUGGGGGGACACAGUGGCAGAAUAAAGGUGACUGGAAAUGAAUGUUAUUGAGGUUAAUAAUACUUUAGGAACAAAACCAAGGCCAAAUUCUGUGAUUUUAGCUGUUUUUGUGAUUUAAAAAAAAAAAUACAGAUCCAAAACCGAAACACAAAACUAAAUACAGAUCCAAAACAUAAAGGAGAUACAGAUUCAACACCAAAAUUGAAAAAAAAAAAAAAACACGGGGGUCAGCGCACAUCUGUAUUUAUAAGUAGUGCUCUAGUCUCUAGAUAUUUUUAUCAUGUCAAACGGUCACCUUGGUGAGAGUGUCUUUGUAUGGGUAAGUCUAUAGAACACUAUAGUACCUGUAGUCCCACCAGAUCUGAAUAUUAUUUUUCAAAAACAAGUAAUUGGUGAGCCUGGUCGAACUUUUAUACAACUCAUAUUGCUUCGGGCAAUACCUUGAACUAGUAAGGAAGAGAAGCUCCUUCUAUAUGUCUCCAAUGUACCUUCGGUUGUUAUUCUUGAGAGCCAGUGUGACUUUUAAGACUGACUCUUUUAACUACAGUAUCAUGUUACCUACUUUUAGGAGGCGGAUUCUAUAUCCCCAUGGACAUAGAGGUAUGAAUCUUAAGGGCAUGCGAAUACUAAUUGAUUAAUAUAUGUAUAUUUACAUUGACUUGAAAGAUCUGUAAUGUAAAACUCCUUUUUUUUCUUCAAUAAAAAUACUUCGGUUUAAAAACA